AUGCGCUGUCGUUGUAUCCUUUAUUUUGAAGGUUGAAACCGGAACGCGGAAGCGUAGCCGUAAUGAGCAGCAGUAGCACGAGCAUUAGCAGCAAGCUGUCUCCACAUCACUUCACAUCGCGCUAUAUGCCAACAUGAGCUCAAUUGGAACCGGGUAUGACUUGUCAGCCUCCACGUUCUCUCCAGAUGGACGGGUAUUUCAGGUGGAAUAUGCCAUGAAAGCGGUAGAAAACAGCAGCACGGCUGUCGGUAUCCGCUGCAAAGAUGGCAUUGUUUUUGGGGUGGAGAAGCUCGUGCUGUCCAAACUCUAUGAGGAAGGGUCAAACAAACGCAUCUUCAAUAUUGACAGACACGUCGGCAUGGCUGUUGCUGGACUGCUGGCUGAUGCACGCUCACUUGCUGAAGUGGCCAGAGAAGAAGCCUCCAACUUCAGGUCGAACUAUGGACAUGAUAUUCCUCUGAAGCACCUGUCUGACAGAGUGGCUAUGUAUGUUCACGCCUACACACUGUACAGCGCUGUGCGACCGUUUGGCUGCAGUUUCAUCCUGGGAUCCUACGACAAAGACGAUGGUCCUCAGCUGUACAUGGUCGACCCGUCUGGCAUCUCAUAUGGCUACUGGGGCUGCGCUAUAGGGAAAGCCAAACAAGCUGCCAAGACAGAGAUUGAAAAACUGCAGAUGAAAGAGAUGACGUGCAGAGAACUCGUCAAAGAGGUUGCUAAAAUAAUCUACAUUGUGCACGAUGAGGUGAAGGACAAGGCCUUUGAGUUGGAGCUCAGCUGGGUGGGAGAAAUCACCAAUGGACGGCAUGAACUGGUACCCAAGGAUGUGCGUGAGGAAGCUGAGAAAUACGCCAAGGAUUCGCUGGAGGAAGAUGACGACUCGGAUGAUGACAACAUGUGAACCUUGUUAAUGUUUUAUAGUCUCUGCAACAUUUAUUACCAUCUUUUGUUAAUGAAUAAAAUUCAGAAAACAGUG